AAUAAACAACAAUGCCAAACUGGUCAGCUCUUGGCGCCAUGCUCUUCCCCAACCUCGGGGGCUGGGCAGGAGCACUCACCAUGGCCGGACAGACAAAGCAGCCCGACGGCAAGGCCUGGUACCAGACGCUGAAAAAACCAAGCUGGACUCCGCCUAACUGGGUGUUUGGUCCGGCGUGGACUGCGCUGUAUACUGGCAUGGGGUAUGCUAGUUAUAUGGUAUACAGGGAUUGUGGUGGCAUGACUGAUAAGGCUAUCCUGCCUAUAGCAUUAUAUGGCGGCCAGCUUAUAUUCAACUGGACAUGGACACCGGUUUUCUUCAAAAUGCAUUUAGUGGGAUUGGCGUUCUUCCACAUCACGGCGCUAGACGUUGCGGCGGCGGCCUGCGCCCUCAGUUUUUAUGAAGUGAACCCAACCACGGCGUGGUUCAUGCUGCCUUAUCUCGCGUGGCUCGGCUUCGCCACCUGCCUUAAUUAUUCCAUCUGGCAGUUGAAUAAGAAAGAUAAUGAGAAAAAGGUCGUUCCGUUAUAAUAGUAGUGCUAACGAGUCUAUAACUAAGGAUAUGCUCAUACACAUAGUCAUAAUCUUUAUUACAUAUCACAUUGUAUCUAGACAUAUGCCGUUUGAUAAAAAUGGGCGCACUAUAUGUAGGUACAGUUGACGUCAAAGAAAUGUUUAAAUUUUUCGCCUUAUUACAAAGGAAUAAGGUGCAAAAGCGGUAGUACUAUUAGUUAUUCUGUGGCAAAAGAAAGUGUAAACAUAUCUUUAACGUCGACUGUACAUAGAAUAGACAUAAGUCGUAUAACGGAUUAGAUACAUUCAAAUCAAUCAAUCAAAACUUUUAUUGAUAAAAUAUAACUAUUUUACAUGUCAACACAUUAUAUCUGUUACAGCACACAUUAUUAUUUCAUACAUUAAAACAUUUACAGAACAUCAUUAUUACUAUUUUAGG